UUCUUGCUGUCACGAGUGAAAGAUGAGCAGUGCCGGCAUGGGGUGCUCGGGGAGCGACGGCGGCGGCAUGGUGGCGCCGUUCGUGGGGAAGACGUACAUGAUGGUGGACGACCCGGCGACCGACGCCGUGGUCGCGUGGGGGCCGGCCAGCAACAGCUUCGUCGUGGCCGACCCCUUCGCCUUCUCAGAGAUGCUGCUCCCGGCCCACUUCAAGCACUCCAACUUCUCCAGCUUCGUCCGGCAGCUCAACACCUACGGCUUCCGCAAGGUCGAUCCGGACCGCUGGGAGUUUGCCCACGCCUCCUUCCUCCGCGGCCAGACACACCUCUUGCCCCGCAUCGUCCGGCGCCGGAGCACUACCCGUCCUUCCAAGGACGACAACGAGGGGGAGGAUGAGGACACCAGCAGCACCAUGCUAGCCAUGGAGGUGGUCCGGCUGAAGCAGGAGCAGAGGGCCACCGAGGACCGCUUGGCGGCCAUGUGGCGCCGGGUGCAGGACGCCGAGCGCCGGCCCAAGCUCAUGCUCGCCUUCCUCCUCAAGGUCGUCCGAGACCCCGACGUGCUGCGUCGCCUUGUAGGCAACUCGAGUACCGACGCCGGAUUAUUCCCCGGCGAGGGCGUGGAGGCCAAGAGGCCGCGGCUGCUCCUGAACGGGGAAGUCCAGAUGCAGGACGCCUUCAUGGGGGAACCCGGGGUCGACUUCACUGGGUUCUACACCGGAGGCGACGGGUUCAGCGACGUGCCGGUGGACGACGACCCGCCGUACGCUUUCCCCUUGAACGACGGCGGCUACUGAGCUGAGCACUGCCUGUUGGUUCAGCUGGUGUUUCUAUCCCCGGCUCUGUGCCGGCGCAUUUGUGUAUUGUACGUAACAGGGUGUUUUUGUUUUUUUGGCCGACGUGGUAGGAGUACUUUGUGGCAAACUACUAUGUGAACAAGGGAGGCUAUAGAGAAUUGGGUGUUGCUCAGUUUUUUU